AUGGAGAAACUGAGGAGACUAGUGAAGGAGAUAGCCUACGCGCAAGACCACACAAAGCUCUCUAAACUGCACCAAUCUUUAAUUCCUAUACUCUCAUUAGCUUCCUCUCUUUACAAAGUUGUUCUCUCUAUCCGCCACUAUCUCUACCACUUUGGCUUGUUCUCUAAGCACAGGUUACCAGUGCCAGUGAUAAGUGUUGGCAAUUUAACAUGGGGAGGAAAUGGGAAGACUCCGAUGGUUGAGUUCAUUGCUUCAUGGUUAGCUGAUUCUGGAAUUUCACCUCUCAUUCUUAGCAGGGGUUAUGCUGGCGGAGAUGAAGCUAGGAUGCUUACUAGGCAUCUUUGUCGGAAAGCAGUAAAGAUUGGUCGACAUGGUUAUGUAGAUCCUUGUGAUUAUUUAGUUGAGAGCAAAUGGCAUGAAGAGAAGGAGGGAAGUCGGAUUGACUCAAGAAAAGUUGGUAUUGUGAUUUUGGAUGAUGGAAUGCAGCACUGGAGCCUGCAGCGUGACCUAGAGAUUGUAAUGGUUAAUGGACUAACACCAUGGGGAAAUCAUCAAAUACUUCCACUUGGACCUUUAAGGGAACCUUUGAAAGCCCUUGGAAGAGCAGAUGUUGCUGUAGUUCAUCAUGCAAACUUGGUUUCGGAACACAAUCUCAGAGACAUCAAAUUAAUGAUGCGAGAAGUAAAAAAAUCUCUUCCUAUUUUUUUCACUGGAAUGUCUCCCUCACACUUCUUUGAAGUAGGAAAUAUCAACUCCAGAAUACCAUUGGAUAUCAUAUGCAAUGGCAUUGUGCUAUGUGUUUCUGCAAUUGGUUCAGCAAAUGCUUUUGUGCAGGGGAUGAAGAAGAUGGGAACGUUAUAUGUUGAUCGACUUGAUUUCAGCGACCAUCACCCCCUCCAAGACAGGGAUAUUGAGAUGAUCAGAAUGAAACUCAAAGAGCUGGAAGAUAGGUUUGGUUCCAUGCCAGUUGUUGUCAUAACAGAGAAGGAUUAUGAUCGAGACCCUGAGAUUCUCAAGCAUCUGAGUCCUUAUAAAGUUAUGGCACUCUACUCAGAAUUGCAAAUCAUUCCUUAUAGAGGCAACAGUGAUGAUAGUUUCAAAAACCUGUUGAAGGAGCUGCUUGAGGUAAAACUUUUAGGAGCAAGCCAGAAUUAG